AUGCUGUGCCGCUAUUCCUGCUCAUGCUGUGUAUGCUGUGCCGCAAUUCCUGCUCAUGCGCUGUAUGCUGUGCUGCUAUUCCUGCUCAUGCUGUGUAUGCUGUGCUGCUAUUCCUGCUCAUGCUGUGUAUGCUGUGCUGCUAUUCCUGCUCAUGCUGUGUAUGCUGUGCUGCUAUUCCUGCUCAUGCUGUGUAUGCUGUGCUGCUAUUCCUGCUCAUGCUGUGUAUGCUGUGCUGCUAUUCCUGCUCAUGCUGUGUAUGCUGUGCUGCUAUUCCUGCUCAUGCUGUGUAUGCUGUGCUGCUAUUCCUGCUCAUGCUGUGUAUGCUGUGCUGCUAUUCCUGCUCAUGCUGUGUAUGCUGUGCUGCUAUUCCUGCUCAUGCUGUGUAUGCUGUGCUGCUAUUCCUGCUCAUGCUGUGUAUGCUGUGCUGCUAUUCCUGCUCAUGCUGUGUAUGCUGUGCCGCUAUUCCUGCUCAUGCUGUGUAUGCUGUGCUGCUAUUCCUGCUCAUGCUGUGUAUGCUGUGCUGCUAUUCCUGCUCAUGCUGUGUAUGCUGUGCUGCUAUUCCUGCUCAUGCUGUGUAUGCUGUGCUGCUAUUCCUGCUCAUGCUGUGUAUGCUGUGCUGCUAUUCCUGCUCAUGCUGUGUAUGCUGUGCUGCUAUUCCUGCUCAUGCUGUGUAUGCUGUGCUGCUAUUCCUGCUCAUGCUGUGUAUGCUGUGCUGCUAUUCCUGCUCAUGCUGUGUAUGCUGUGCUGCUAUUCCUGCUCAUGCUGUGUAUGCUGUGCCGCUAUUCCUGCUCAUGCUGUGUAUGCUGUGCCGCUAUUCCUGCUCAUGCUGUGUAUGCUGUGCCGCUAUUCCUGCUCAUGCUGUGUAUGCUGUGCUGCUAUUCCUGCUCAUGCUGUGUAUGCUGUGCCGCUAUUCCUGCUCAUGCUGUGUAUGCUGUGCUGCUAUUCCUGCUCAUGCUGUGUAUGCUGUGCUGCUAUUCCUGCUCAUGCUGUGUAUGCUGUGCUGCUAUUCCUGCUCAUGCUGUGUAUGCUGUGCUGCUAUUCCUGCUCAUGCUGUGUAUGCUGUGCUGCUAUUCCUGCUCAUGCUGUGUAUGCUGUGCUGCUAUUCCUGCUCAUGCUGUGUAUGCUGUGCUGCUAUUCCUGCUCAUGCUGUGUAUGCUGUGCUGCUAUUCCUGCUCAUGCUGUGUAUGCUGUGCCGCUAUUCCUGCUCAUGCUGUGUAUGCUGUGCCGCUAUUCCUGCUCAUGCUGUGUAUGCUGUGCUGCUAUUCCUGCUCAUGCUGUGUAUGCUGUGCUGCUAUUCCUGCUCAUGCUGUGUAUGCUGUGCUGCUAUUCCUGCUCAUGCUGUGUAUGCUGUGCCGCUAUUCCUGCUCAUGCUGUGUAUGCUGUGCCGCAAUUCCUGCUCAUGCGCUGUAUGCUGUGCUGCUAUUCCUGCUCAUGCUGUGUAUGCUGUGCUGCUAUUCCUGCUCAUGCUGUGUAUGCUGUGCUGCUAUUCCUGCUCAUGCUGUGUAUGCUGUGCUGCUAUUCCUGCUCAUGCUGUGUAUGCUGUGCUGCUAUUCCUGCUCAUGCUGUGUAUGCUGUGCUGCUAUUCCUGCUCAUGCUGUGUAUGCUGUGCUGCUAUUCCUGCUCAUGCUGUGUAUGCUGUGCUGCUAUUCCUGCUCAUGCUGUGUAUGCUGUGCUGCUAUUCCUGCUCAUGCUGUGUAUGCUGUGCUGCUAUUCCUGCUCAUGCUGUGUAUGCUGUGCUGCUAUUCCUGCUCAUGCUGUGUAUGCUGUGCUGCUAUUCCUGCUCAUGCUGUGUAUGCUGUGCCGCUAUUCCUGCUCAUGCUGUGUAUGCUGUGCUGCUAUUCCUGCUCAUGCUGUGUAUGCUGUGCUGCUAUUCCUGCUCAUGCUGUGUAUGCUGUGCUGCUAUUCCUGCUCAUGCUGUGUAUGCUGUGCUGCUAUUCCUGCUCAUGCUGUGUAUGCUGUGCUGCUAUUCCUGCUCAUGCUGUGUAUGCUGUGCUGCUAUUCCUGCUCAUGCUGUGUAUGCUGUGCCGCUAUUCCUGCUCAUGCUGUGUAUGCUGUGCUGCUAUUCCUGCUCAUGCUGUGUAUGCUGUGCUGCUAUUCCUGCUCAUGCUGUGUAUGCUGUGCCGCUAUUCCUGCUCAUGCUGUGUAUGCUGUGCCGCUAUUCCUGCUCAUGCUGUGUAUGCUGUGCUGCUAUUCCUGCUCAUGCUGUGUAUGCUGUGCUGCUAUUCCUGCUCAUGCUGUGUAUGCUGUGCUGCUAUUCCUGCUCAUGCUGUGUAUGCUGUGCUGCUAUUCCUGCUCAUGCUGUGUAUGCUGUGCUGCUAUUCCUGCUCAUGCUGUGUAUGCUGUGCUGCUAUUCCUGCUCAUGCUGUGUAUGCUGUGCUGCUAUUCCUGCUCAUGCUGUGUAUGCUGUGCUGCUAUUCCUGCUCAUGCUGUGUAUGCUGUGCUGCUAUUCCUGCUCAUGCUGUGUAUGCUGUGCUGCUAUUCCUGCUCAUGCUGUGUAUGCUGUGCUGCUAUUCCUGCUCAUGCUGUGUAUGCUGUGCCGCUAUUCCUGCUCAUGCUGUGUAUGCUGUGCCGCUAUUCCUGCUCAUGCUGUGUAUGCUGUGCUGCUAUUCCUGCUCAUGCUGUGUAUGCUGUGCUGCUAUUCCUGCUCAUGCUGUGUAUGCUGUGCUGCUAUUCCUGCUCAUGCUGUGUAUGCUGUGCUGCUAUUCCUGCUCAUGCUGUGUAUGCUGUGCUGCUAUUCCUGCUCAUGCUGUGUAUGCUGUGCUGCUAUUCCUGCUCAUGCUGUGUAUGCUGUGCUGCUAUUCCUGCUCAUGCUGUGUAUGCUGUGCUGCUAUUCCUGCUCAUGCUGUGUAUGCUGUGCCGCUAUUCCUGCUCAUGCUCACUGUGCACGCUCUUCACUCACCCACCUCUUAA